AGUGUGCCAUUUACAGUCGCAACGUAAACAAUGCUGUUUUUUAGUUCCCAUCAGAGUCCUGAUAUUCAAUUGUUUUUAUUCAAUUUUUCGUGAAUUAUGUGACGAAUCAAAAAGGUUUUGAUGCCAACAGUAUAGCAUUCAUUUGGUGAUUCUUUCGACGUAGAUAACACUGAUAUAAAGUGCCAAGAGUGAUAGUGUUCGUUGAAUGUUGACUACCGGUGAGGUUAGGAAUACGUGCGUGAAUAAGUAUUGCGAAAAUAUCAAUAUCUUUGGAAAGUUUAUCUUCUACAGCCUUAUUUGACAACAAGCCGAAAGAGCAAAAUGGCGGACUACUGGAAAUCUCAAGCAAGAAAAUACUGUGACUUUUGCAAAUGUUGGAUAGCCGAUAACAAACCGAGCGUUGAAUUCCACGAGGGCGGAAAAAAACACAAGGAGAAUGUAGCGAAGCGUCUGAAGGAGAUCCACCGGAAUAGUGCUAAGCAGGCGAAAGCCCAACAAAAGUUUGAAAAUGAAAUUGAGAAGAUGGAGAAGGCGGCGAUGGCAGCCUAUCUGAAGGACGUCGAGUCCGACAACAGGGACAUGACGGCCGAUACGAUCAUACACAAGAAGACGGAAAGCAAACAGCAGGAGCCCUUCAACCCGAACCGUGUUCCGGAAGCUGCGCCAGAAGCCCAUCCGCGAUUCAGUGAGUCGAAACACCGUCAGACGGCGGCCGACGUUGAUCCUCUAGACCCCUACGCAAAGCAGAAAUUGGCCCGGAUCGCAGCGCGCGACGAGAGGGCCAAGAAACAAGCUGCGAAAAAAGUGGAGGAGGACCAGCAGCAGCCGCAGAAAAACAAGUCCGACAAAGGAAAGGGGAAGAAGCCUAAAGAUGAGCCGAGCGGAAGUCGACCCCCUGUGCGGAAAGUCUGGUACGAGGCACGAGCCCAGGGCUGCCCGUACUCUUAUUACUGGAACAUAGAUACGAACGAAUCGGUUUGGGAACCACCGAUGGAGGGUUUCAUGUCACUGGCAGAGCAGGCCGAGGAAUUGAAGGAACAAGCUCUGCAGGAGCAGCUACUCCAACAAAUAGACCAGGAGGAGGCGAAGGACAAGGCGGACCUUUUGGAGGAACAACGGGCGAACGCCGAGCGGGAGAAGCUGAAAGAGAUCCGAAAGCGAUUUUACGCAAACAAAAAGGCCGAAAGCAGGGACCCCAACGAUGAAGCCUUGGAGAAAUCCGAGGACGAAGGUGAGGAGGAGGAGGAAGAGGAAGAAAAGACACCCUACCUUCGAGACUACAGCGUCCCUGACAAGCCGCAGCCUUACGGUACCUGGCAAGUCGUCCGGACAGUAGAAAAGCCGAAGAUAGAUCUGCAGCUACCCCGAGCGAAGGUGCCGUCGGUGCCGAUUAUCACCUAUACCGAGCCGGAGCCGCCGCAGCCAAGCAGGGUUUUCAAGGAGAAGACGAUAACUCACGUUUCUACCGGUGACAGCGAUGACGAAGGUCCGACUGUCUCUUUUAAAAAGAGAAAGCUCGGAAGUAAAAACAUGCGCAGGAGAAUGACUGACGAUUAGAUUGUGAUGUGCGGCUACACUGUGUACAUAACUGCGUUGACUGGAUGGUUAUGCUUUUAUACUCUAGAUUAUGAUUUUGUAAACGAAGUUGAUCAGUACUCGCAUUACUGAAUUUUGAGAUUCCAAAGAAAAAUUCGCAGUAAUUUUGCCCUACAGCUGGCAGAUGUAUACAAUCUUAUUUUGAAUUGUAUGUAUAUAGCGCUGAUCAAUUAUUAAGGCGAUUAUGCAACGGUAAUAUCAAAUGAUAUUGAAAGGUAUGAGAAGACUUGAGUAUCUAGAGAUUGUAUGAGUAAUUCUGUAAAUAGACUCAUUAUUGUUAAAAAAUGAUUUUGUAAAAUACGAAACUUUCCUGUAAUAAAUGCUUCGAGAGAGGAGAUAAUUAUAAAAAUUUAGUUCUCCUUAUCUGCAUUGUUAGCACAAUACUUAUUUGCUGGGAAGGCUGCCAGUAUAAUUUGAGAACAGCGCUGUGUCGCGAGCCAAGAUCUUUUGUUCGUCAACGAUCAAAGUAUCCUUCAUUUGACAUACAUACAUUAUCUAUUCAAAAUGCGACGUAUGUGGAUGUGACGUAAAAUCACAGGACUUGUGCAAAUCUCAUUAACGCGCAGCAAUCUACAAAGCAAUAAAUCUUGUAAGCACACCAACGAUAA